CAUACAAUCGGCCUACUGCCACCAAAAAGACUGGCAAUGCCCUCUUGAGGAAUCCCUGGGUAUUACCAGCAACCUUGCCGGACAAUUCAAGAACAUUUUGCCAAAGGCACCAAACAAGAUCAAUGUAAACAGAAUCUAAGAAAUAGGAGAAGAGGACAAAGAUACUCAGAGGGAAAAAGUAAAGGAGCGAAGAAGGAGACUGGAGCCACCAGGAUCCUUCCAGCUGAACAAAGUCAGCCGCAAAGCAGACUAGCCAGCCGGCUACAAUUGGAGUCAGAAUCCCAAAAUCAUGGGCUUGUUAGAGUGCUGUGCAAGAUGUCUGGUGGGGGCCCCCUUUGCUUCUCUGGUGGCCACUGGAUUGUGUUUCUUUGGAGUGGCAUUGUUCUGUGGCUGUGGCCAUGAAGCACUCACUGGUACAGAGAAGCUAAUUGAGACCUAUUUCUCCAAAAACUACCAGGACUAUGAAUAUCUCAUCAAUGUGAUUCAUGCAUUCCAGUAUGUCAUCUAUGGAACUGCCUCUUUCUUCUUCCUUUAUGGGGCCCUCCUGCUGGCUGAGGGUUUCUACACCACCGGUGCAGUCAGGCAGAUCUUUGGCGACUACAAGACCACCAUCUGCGGCAAGGGCCUGAGCGCAACGGUAACAGGGGGCCAGAAGGGGAGGGGUUCCAGAGGCCAACAUCAAGCUCAUUCUUUGGAGCGGGUGUGUCAUUGUUUGGGAAAAUGGCUAGGACAUCCCGACAAGUUUGUGGGCAUCACCUAUGCCCUGACCGUUGUGUGGCUCCUGGUGUUUGCCUGCUCUGCUGUGCCUGUGUACAUUUACUUCAAUACUUGGACCACCUGCCAGUCUAUUGCCUCCCCCAGCAAGACCUCUACCAGUAUAAGCAAUCUCUGUGCUGAUGCCAGAAUGUAUGGGGUUCUCCCAUGGAAUGCUUUCCCUGGCAAGGUUUGUGGCUCCAACCUUCUGUCCAUCUGCAAGACAGCUGAGUUCCAAAUGACCUUCCAUCUGUUCAUUGCUGCGUUUGUGGGAGCUGCAGCUACGCUGGUUUCCCUGCUCACCUUCAUGAUCGCUGCCACCUACAACUUUGCCGUACUUAAACUCAUGGGCCGAGGCACCAAGUUCUGAUCUCCUGUAGGAAUCCCCCCCUUGUCUAACAGCGAGGCUCUAACCACACAGCCUACAAUGCUGCGUCUCCCAUCUUAACUGCCUUUGCCACUGACUGGCCCUCCUCUUGACGAGUGUAACAAGACAGGAGAGUCUGGCAAGUGAUUAAUGUCUCUCCGUGGACUCUCCCCACUUAUGUACCUCUUUUAGUCAUUUUACUUCACGGCUGGUUCUUGCCAGAAAUGGGAAAUCCCUGACUGCAAGUCACAUGGGAAUAGAGGCUCUGAUUCCGUUUCCCGGCAUCUCCUGAAUACCAGGAAGUGCCUUCUUCUCAAAGGGCGCUUCCAUCGAUGGAAACAAAGAUGCUGAGGUAGAGAGAAGGAAGGUGUGUGGUCCUCUUGUCAUUUAUAGGGGUCAAAUACAUUCUCAUCCCUUUAUCCAUUUGGCCACCAAAGAAAGAAGGAAGAAAAUAGCUGGCAGCAAAAACAAAACAAAAGAGUGUUUGCCCUAAUCUGCCUACUGCAGCUGGGAGAAGGGGGUCAAAGCAAGGAUCUUUCACCUACAGAAAGAGAGCACUGACCCCAGUUGCUAUGGACUAUGUAAGCCCUAACUCAGCCAAUCCUACUUACACCACAAGGGAGCCUAGUGCUCGUGUAGAUGAAGGGGGGCAUCUGGCCUUACACAUCGUUCAAGAAGAAAACAGGGUAUUGUCAUCAUUUCUCACUCCCUUCUCCUUGAUAACAGCUACCAUGACAACCCUGUGGUUUCCAAGGAGCUGAGAGCAGAAGGUAGCUUCCAGGAAAGAGACUGGCGUAAGGAGCAGCAGUUGCUGGUGGUUAACGGUGUAACCCAAAUAGCCCUCUGGUAGACACAGGACAAAUAACUCUUUGGAUAGCAUGGCUUUUCUGUUAAUUACUUGUGUACUCUGGCCUCUAUCAUAUCUUCACAAUGGUGCUCUUUUCCUAGGGUAUUAUCCAUUUAGUCGUAAUAGCAGAUUUGAAAGUUUGUCUCAGAUUGGUGCACAUUUGAAUUUGCCCAUUUGUUUAUCAUUUGGUUGAGGUUGUAGCAGUAAGGUCUGGGAGGGUCUCUGAUUUUAUG